AUGGCUACCCCUAGUGUCCUAGCUUUUGACGCUGAGGGUCGCGCCAUUGAUUUUGAGGUCUGGUUAGACGACCUGCAGCUGUUCUUACAGUGCGACAGGGCUGAUGACCUUUCUCUCUUUGACCUCACCUCUGGCGCCUCUCCUGCUCCUGCUGCUGAUGCUGAUCCCGCUGUCCGCUCUAAGUGGGCCACCCGCGAUGCUGCUGCACGUCUUGCUGUGCGUCGCCACCUCCCUACCUCUGAGCGUGCGCACUUUAGUCAGUACAAGAGUGCUCAGACCUUGUACGACGCUGUAGUUGCGCGCUACUCCUCCCCUGCCACUGCUGCACUGAGCCGUCUCAUGCUUCCCUACCUCUUUCCUGACCUCUCUGCCUUUCCCACUGUCGCUGACCUCAUUACGCACCUCCGCACUAGUGACACUCGCUACCGCGCCGCCCUUCCUGCUGAGUUCUGCGCUAGGAACCCCCCUCCCAUGUAUAUCGCUCUCUACUACGUAGUCGCGCGCCUCCCUGACUCCCUUCGCGUCGUCAGGGACCACUUUCUCGCAGUCUGUCCCACCACUCUCACCGUCGACCUCCUCGAGAAGGCCCUCCUUGCAGCGGAGAAGAGCAUAGUCGCUGUAGGUGCUUCUCGUGGUGACCCUCGCACCCCCAUCUUUGAGGGGUGCUCUCCUUCCCCCUUGCUGCCCUCUGUUGCCUCUGGUGCUGCUGCCGACCUGCUUGGUCUUGAGUCGGUCGGCACGGCGUCUGCCCCUAGUGGGAGACGUCGCUCCAGCAAGGGCAAGGGAGGCAAGGGCGCGGGUGGAGCUGGGGGGGGCGGUGGCGGUGGCAGCGGUGGCGGCGGAGGGAGUGGGGGUGGCGGCGGGACUAGUGGCGGGGGUGGUGGUGGUGGUGGUGGCAGCAGCGGCGGAGACGGUGGUGGUGGUGCCAGCGGUGGUGGUGGAGGCAGCGGCGGAGGUGGAGGCGGCGGAGGUGGAGGCAGUGGAGGCGGCAGCGGCGGAGGCAGUAGUGGUGGAGGAGGUGGAGCUGGUCGGGGUGGUCCCCAGCAGCGUAGCGGCGGUGGUGGUGGCCAGCGCUCGCACCGGCAGCAGCAGCAGCGCUCACGGGACAUCCCUUCGCCUCAGCAGCUUCGUGAGUGGUACGCUGGGCGUCAGAGGGGUGGGGGUACUGGUCCCUGCACCUACGUUCUUCGUUCGAGCGACCGCGCGGGUGAGCAGUGUGGGGGUGCCCACGCUACCCAGCGCUGCUUUGGCCGCCUGACGGACGCUUGGCGUCAGCAGUUCCCUGGGGCUAGUGAGAUCCCUCGCUGGGAUGAGCUUCUCAGGACUGGUGUAGCGAUCUUUGAUCUUGAUUUUGAUGCUAUCCUUACUGCUAUGUAUGUUGUGGAUUCUAGUGAGGAGAAUGAGGGUUACCGGUGUUUCCAGCCCGACCCGGGCAUUGGUACUGCUGCGCUAGGUACUUGUGAGGCUGCUGCUCUAGGUGCCAGUGCGUCUGCGCUCUCAGGUACUGGUGAGACUGCGUUCUCAGGUACUGAGUCGUCCUCGUCCUCCCUCACUUUCACACUUGACUCCGGAGCUUCUCGCUCUUUCUUUCGAGAUCGCACUACCCUUUCGCCGCUCGCCAGGCCGGUUGCGGUCUCCCUUGCUGACCCCUCUGGGGGUCCUGUCCUGUCUCACUUCUCCACUGUCCUCCCGUGUCCGGCUGCCCCUUCGGGCACCCUGUCGGGUCUGUACCUUCCCUCGUUCUCUACGAACUUGGUGAGUGGAGCGGACCUGCAGGAUGGGGGUGUUCACCAGUUCACUCCUGCGCGUCAGCGGGUGACCCACUGCACGGAGGCUUGCACAGGCCGACACCUGGCCACGUUCUCGCGUCGGCCGGGGUCGAGUCUCUACACCCUGACCGUUGAGUCUCCUCCUGUCCCUGCGUCUGGUCAGGUGGCUGCGUCGGGUCAGGUACUUGCUGCUGCGUCCCGGUCAGGUCCUGAGUCUGCCCCCUGUUCUUGUCGCCUCCUGUCUCACGAGACUCUCCUGUGGCACCACCGUCUUGGCCACCCCUCCUUGCCCCGUCUUCGGAGCAUGGCUUCCCGUGUCCUUGUCUCUGGUCUUCCCCAGUCUCUCCCUCCUCUCCCCUCCGGGCCAGGACCUUCCUGUGUCCCCUGUGUCGAGGGUCGCCUCCGGGCUACUCCUCACUCCUCCCACUUCCCCCCGACAGAGGCUCCCCUGCAGACGCUUCACAUGGAUGUGUGGGGCCCAGCCCCCGUCCGUGGGCAGGGUUACGAGCGAUACUUCCUGUUGGUGGUUGACGACUACUCGCGUUACACCACAGUCCUCCCCUUGCGCAGCAAGGGUGCGGUCACUGAGGUGCUGAUCGACUGGAUCCGCGAGGCUCGUCUCCAGCUCAGGAAGAGCUUCGGCUCGGACUUUCCUGUUCUGCGUCUGCACUCUGACAGAGGCGGAGAGUUCUCUUCUCGCCUUCUGCGAGACUACUGUCGUGCACGGGGGAUCCGCCAGACCUUCACGCUUCCGGACUCACCACAGCAAAAUGGGAUUGCUGAGCGCCGCAUUGGCAUGGUCAUGGAUGUCGCUCGUACGUCCAUGAUGCAUGCGGCUGCCCCCCAUUUUCUGUGGCCGUUUGCGGUGAGGUACGCGGCGCAUCAGCUCAACCUUCACCCCCGGGUCUCUCGGCCUGCGAUGUCCCCAGUCUUGCUGUGGACAGGGAAGGUUGGCGAUGCGUCUGUGUUCCGUGUCUGGGGAUCUCGGGCGUUUGUCCGCGACUUGUCUGCGGACAAGCUGUCCCCUCGUGCUGCUCCUUGUGUCUUUCUUGGCUUCCCCACUGACGCCCCAGGGUGGCAGUUUUACCACCCCUCCUCUCGUCGUGUUCUGUCCUCCCAGGACGUCACGUUCGACGAGUCAGUCCCCUUCUACCGUCUCUUCCCCUACCGCACUACUUCCCUCCCCCCUCCCCCGGACUUCCUUGUGCCGGUUCCCCCCCCGGUAGACCCCCUCCCCCCUCAGGUUCCUGCCCCCUCAGGUGUGUCCCAGGUAGACGCCGUUGACCCGGUCGAGGUUACUGGUGACUCUGGUCCUGCUGCGGGUGCUGAGCCUGGGGGUGCUGACUCUGGGGGUACUGUGCGCGGGGGUGCUGUGCCUGGGGGUGCUACUGCUGGGGGUGCUGGGCCUGAGGGUGCUACUGCGGUGGGUGCGGAGCCUGGGGGUGCUGAGCCGGGGGGUGCUGUGCCUGGAGCUGCUGAGCCUGGGGGUGCUGAGCUGGGAGCUGCUGAGCCUGGGGGUGCUGCGUCUGGAGCUGCUGAGCCUGGGGUUUCUCCUGCUGCUGCGUCUCGCCGGGAGCCCCUCUCUCCACAGGAGCUGCGCGAGUGGUUCGCUCGCCGCUGGAGGCGUGCUGCUGAGUCUGGAGGUGCUGCUGGAGCUGGAGCUGGAGCUUCUUCGAUCGUCGAGGGUGCGGGUGCUGCCGGUCCCGGAGCUGCUGGACCUGCGGGUCCUCCUGGAGCUGGAGCUGCUGAGGGCGUUCGUGCUGGGCCUGCUGCUGUUGGUCCUGCCGCUGGAGGUGUGGGUGGCGCUGGUGCUGUCGCUGAGGGUGCUGGUGCUGUCCCUGCUGAGACUGGAGCUGCCGCGCGGCCUCGGCCGUACUUCGUUCCGCUCCUUCAGCAGGUUCUUGGUCUUUCUCCUCCAGUAGAGGGUCCACCGCCUGUCCAGUCGCAGUCCCUACUGGAGCCUUCCUCUCCAUUGCCUGCUCCCUCUCCUUACACUGGUCCUACUAGAGGUCUUGCUGAGCGUCGUGAGCCUGCGUCUCGCCCCGCGUCGCCUGUUCGUGCUGCUCGCGCUAGUGGUCGCGGUUCGCGUCAGCGUCCUCCUCCUGUCCCUGGCACGCACCGGAUGUCUCUGCGUCCGUCCACUGCUCCUCUGCGUGCCCCUUUGCCUUCUCCUCCUGAGUCCUCUCUUCCUGCGCUUGCCGACCCUGAGUCGGACUCUCUUCGCGCUGCGAGUCCUACUGUCACGCGUCUGCUUGCUACUGUCGUCACUGACCCCUCUUUUGAGUCCACUGCUGCGUCUGCUCUAGUCGCUGAGCUCGUCGACUUUGCUGCUCGCUGUCGUCUCGACUACGCUGCUAGUCUUGUUGCUGAGUCUGCGUCUGUCUGUCCUCUGUCCGUCGGGGGUGAGUGUGCUCUUGGCACGGACGUCCUAGAGGACAGGCAGGAGGAGUUACAGUGUCUAGCGGCUGCUUCACCUCAUCUCGCGUCUGUACUGCUUGCCCCUGAGGGAGACCCGGAUGCACUAGACAUCCCGACUCCGCGUUCUUACGCGGAGGCCGUAGAGGGCCCCUACUCCUCUCAGUGGCAGGCAGCCAUGGAUGCAGAGAUGGCUUCCUGGAAGUCCACAGGCACCUUCGUUGACGCUGUUCCCCUCCUGGGGCGAACAUCUCAGCGGCAGGGAGUUGACUACUUUCAGACCUUCUCUCCCACCCCGAAGAUGACUACUCUUCGGGUGCUGCUGCACAUAGCCGCUCAGCGCGACUACGAGCUUCACUCUCUCGACUUCAGCACUGCGUUCUUGCAGGGUAGCCUGCACGAGGAGAUCUGGCUUCGCCGUCCACCUGGCUUCACUGGGACUUUCCCUCCUGGCACCCAGUGGAGCCUCAGACGGCCAGUCUACGGUCUCCGCCAGGCACCGCGUGAGUGGCACGACACACUGAGGACUACGCUUGCGGCUCUUGGGUUUGCUCCAUCUACUGCUGACCCGUCGCUGUUUCUUCGCACCGACACUUCCCUGCCGCCGUUCUACAUCCUCGUGUACGUCGACGACUUGGUCUUUGCCAUAGCGGACACUGCUGGACUCGCCUACGUGAAGUCCGAGCUGCUGAAGAGACACACGUGCACAGACCUGGGUGAACUGCGCAGCUACCUUGGCUUGCAGAUCACUCGGGACAGAGCACGCCGCACCAUUACCUUGACUCAGUCACACAUGGUGCAGCAGGUCCUUCAGCGCUUCGGCUUCACGUACUCCUCGCCUCAGGCCACUCCUCUGCCUACUCGCCACUCACUCUCAGCUCUGCCUUCGGAUGAGUCCGUAGAGUCGAGUGGUCCGUAUGCAGAGCUUGUUGGCUGCCUCAUGUACCUGAUGACCUGCACACGACCUGACCUUGCAUACCCUCUGAGCAUUCUUGCACGCUAUGUUGCUCCUGGGAGACACAGACCGGAGCACAUGGCUGCAGCGAAGAGGGUAUUGCGCUACCUGUGCAGUACGUCAGGCAUGGGGCUAGUGCUUGGAGGGCGGAGUCCAGUGGUCCUUACCGGCCACGCGGACGCUUCUUGGGCUGACGACCAGGCUACGCAGCGGUCGUCACAGGGUUACACCUUCAGCCUUGGUUCCGGCUCUGUCUCGUGGCGGUCUACUCGCUCGUCUUCGGUUCUCGGCUCCAGUUGUGAGGCUGAGAUCUACGCCGGAGCCAUGGCUGCACAGGAGCUUCGCUGGCUCACCUACCUGCUGACUGACCUUGGAGAGCCGCCUCGUUCUCCUCCAGUGCUGUACGUAGACAACAAGGCUAUGCUGGCCUUGUGUCGAGAGCAGCGCUUGGAGCACAGAACGAAGCACAUUGCUCUCCGCUACUUCCUUGCUCGUGAGUUGCAGCAGCGUGGUUAG